AUGGCGACGAUCGCCCGCGCGUUCGCUGCUGUUGAUCUGGAUGUGUCGGUCUACGGCGGCGCCACGCGAGACCAGCAGCUGACCAACGCCGCCACCUGCUUCGCCGCGCUGCGCACCCGGCUGCUUACGGCAGUCACCGCCCCAAACGCUGGCAAUGUCCUGCGGCUGGCAUUCCACGACUGCGGCACCUACGACAUUAACAACCCCGCCGCAGGCGGCGGCUGCCGGGGCGCGAUCCGCCUCGCGCUUGGCCCCGAGGACGCUGGCCUGGACCUGUCGCGCAACCUGCUGACCGGCCCCACCGGCACCGCCGGCGUCUGUGGUGCUGCCAAGGCCACCAUCCCCGCCUGCGCCAACAUGCCGUUUGCUGACUGCAUAUCCUUCGCCGGCUUGAUUGCUGUGGCCGUCACCCGCGGCACCACGGCGGCGGGCUGCCCCUGGGUGCCCGGGCGCGUCGACUCGGCCGGGCCGCGCAACACGGCGCUGCUGCCGCCUAAGGAGGCGACCGCGGCGCAGAGCCUCGCCAUUUUUGGCAGGUACGGCAUGCCCGUGGGCGCCGUAGGCCUCACCUUGGACCGCGCGGUCACGCUGCUGCUGGGCGCCCACUCCAUCGGCCGCUCCCGCACCACGCGGCCGGACCGCUGCAGCAAGGGCAUCAGCAGCCUCACCUCGACGCCAAACACCUUUGAGAACUCGUACUACAGUGGUCUGAUCAACAACAUCGGCCGUGUCAACGUCCCCAACGGAGGGUGGUUCUGCAGCGACAUGCACCUCGUCUGCAACGCCAUCACCUACCCCACCCCACGCCCCGGCGCGGCCGUCACGCUGCGCCAGGGCUUCUGCCCGACCUCGGACUCGCCGCUGGCGCCGAUCGCCCGCGAGCUCGCCGCAAACAACGCCGCGUUCCUGUCAGGCUUCUGCUCCGCGUACCAAGCCAUGAGCCUCAUCGGGUACAACGUGCCGCCCUCAUACGUCGCUGACGCUGCCAGAUUCGCCACCCUCCUCGCCCCCGCCCCCGCGCGGGGCCUCUGA